AUGCAUCAUUCAAAGAGACCCUCAACAACUGGUAAUGGUUCGGGGAACGAAUUUAAAAAAUUGAAACUGAUUCCACGUAAAAAGUUGGGCGGCAAUGGUGCUCCCGAUAGGUUUAUUCCUCAAAAGACAUCUCAGAGAGCUUAUAGAGCAUCACCUUCGUUAAAAAAGUUCAACUUGAGAGAAUCGGAAUUAUUAGACAGGAGCUCUUCCCCUGAAAGGUUAUCAUCACCGGAAUUUUUUACAGAUCUAAGAAAUACUGGCCAUUAUGAAUCAAUAAAUAGAGGAACGCUACCAACCACAUCUGGUCAAGAUGAAGAUUCUGCUACGCGUGAACAUGUGCAGCCUCGAUUGCAAUACGAGCAGAGAAGGCACAGAGAGUUCAUUGCGGAUUCUUUGGGGUUCCAGUCGCCUCAGCGGGUAUUGAUGUUUAACACACCGAAUACUUCGAUGGAAACUAGUGAAGAUAGUAUUUCUAGUGAAAGUUUUCAUGGAUUUGGUUCAAAUCACUACUUGGCAGUAGAUCCAUUGCUAACCGCCCUGCCCCCAGGAAGGGCAAUGGUGUAUUUGGCCACAUCUGCUUUUUCCAAGAUGAAUCAAAGUCAUUCGUUUGUUAAAGAUGAUCCUUCGAAGAGACCCUCCAAAAGGAUUAAAUCUUAUAUCCCCUAUCGUGUAUUAGAUGCACCAUGUCUUCGUAAUGAUUUUUAUUCAAAUCUAGUCUCAUGGUCCAAGACUACUGAUAACGUAAUUGUGGGUCUUGGCUGUUCAGUUUAUAUCUGGUCAGAUUCUCAAGGUGCUAUCCCCAUUCUAGGUCAUGAUUACUUGAACAGUAAAAGAGAUGUGGUUACAUGUGUUUCAUUCAAUCCCAAAAACAUGCUGUUUGUGGUUGGUACUAAACAAGGUAGAUUGUUGUUAUAUGAUCAAGAAAUAUGUGUGGAGAGCUAUAGGCAUGCCGGAAUAACCCCUAAACCUCUGUUUGAAUACCAAUCUAUGACAUUGAGAGGGAUAAGUUGCGUUCAGUGGUAUACCAAAUCUUUUGAAGAUAAACUAUUAAUUGGUGAAGAAUGUGGUGAUAUAAGCCAUUUAAUUGUUAAACGGAGGAAGAAUUCGCUCGGAUUUGAUCCUGAAAUCUAUGAUAAUGAAAAUUUAAUUCCACAGUCCUGGUCGUUAGAAUGUUUAGCUAAAUUUCAAGCCCACGCUCAACAGGUUUGCGGCAUCUCGAUGAAUGAAGAUAGUGACCUUUUAGCUGUGGGCGGUAAUGACAACACUUGUACACUUUGGGAUAUUUCCUCAAUCCAACAUCCAAAAUUAAAAUUCAUCCUCCCACAUAAGGCAGCUGUUAAAGCGCUUGCCUUUUGUCCCUGGUCGAAAUCUCUAUUGGCGACAGGUGGUGGAAGUAAAGAUAGAACCAUUAAAUUUUGGCAUACAUCCACGGGAAUCCUUUUAAAUGAGAUUCAAACUUCAGGUCAAGUCACUUCACUCAUUUGGUCUACUAGGUAUAAACAAAUUGUAGCAACUUUUGGAUUUGGUGAUAUUGAUGAUCCGAUUUUAAUUACGCUUUAUUCCUAUCCACAAUUAACUCCAUUGACACAAGUACGUACCUCAAGCCCAUUAAGAGUUUUGAGCGCUGUUUCUUCGCCAGCGAUGACAUCAAUCUGCGUAGCCACUAAUGAUGAAACCAUAAGGUUUUAUGAGCUUUGGAACGACAGAGGAGAUGUAAUUAACGAAGCCCAAGAAAGUGGGCUCUAUGGUUCAGAUAUUAUCGAAUAUGUGGAGGGAAUUGAAGGAGAUUGCCGUGAAAAACUGAUCAGAUGA